AUGUCGCAACACUUCAUCGCUGAAAACGAGCGCUCACCAGACCACAACCAUAUUUUGCUCAUCACCACUGGCAGCGUCGCAUCCGUGAAAGCGCCGCUCAUCGUUGCCGAGCUGCUCAAAUGCCAAAACGUGAAAGUCGAGGUUGUUGCGACGCGUCCGUCGCUCGCGUUUUACAAACCCGAAGAUAUUUAUGCGUUAGGUACGAGGGUAUGGACGGACCAGGAUGAGUGGACGGGAGGCUACGAGCUCGGCGACCCAAUCCUGCACAUUGAGCUUCGGCGGUGGGCUGACCUCGUCCUCGUCGCCCCUUGCUCUGCCAACACGCUCUCCAAGAUUGCGCACGGGGCGUGCGAUAACCUCGCCACCUCGCUCAUGCGCGCGCUCGCGCCCACGACGCCGACGUACAUCUUCCCCGCGAUGAACACGCUCAUGUACGAGCACCCGCUCACGGCGGAGCAUCUGCGCGUCGUGCGCGAGGUGGUCAAGUACGAGGUUGUCGGGCCGAUCGGAAAGUUGCUCGCGUGUGGGGAUAUUGGUAUGGGAGCUAUGACAGAGUGGAAGGAUAUCGUGCAGAUAGCUGUAGACAGGCUCAAACUGGUUAGGAAGGAGGAUGGAGGAGAGACUGGGUGA